GCCUAAUUCGGAUUGCUUUUACAUCGCAAUAAGGACCAGGCCUUUCCGGCGGGUCGGAUUCAUUGAAUCAUCUCCGGUUUUCCGAAUCCAUCUUUGUAUAGAAGCCGAAAAGGUUCGCAAAUCUCUCGCUCGCUCUCGCCUCUCGCUGAGAAACCCAUGGGCGUCUCUUCUCUCACCCUCGAGCACGCAUCCAUCUACCCCCGCCGGCGAUGGACUUCCGCCGGCGGCGGGAACUGGAGUUCCGCAGGGUCGCCGAGCAGGAUACGGAUCCCUUGUUCUGUCGGCCCGUGGAGGGAUCCACAGCGGUCGGGGAGGGCCGCCGCCGCCUCCGAUCCCUCGUCCUCCCUCAAGGUGACUGCCUCGGCGGCGCCGGCGACGGCGGAGGUGGAGAAGGGCGGCGAGAUCGGCCCGGUGGGAUCGCUGAGCCAGGUCGCCGGCGUGCUGGGCUCCCAGUGGGGGGAUGAGGGCAAAGGGAAGCUCGUCGAUGUUCUCGCCAAGCACUUUGAUAUCGUCGCUCGAUGUCAGGGUGGAGCAAAUGCUGGACAUACCAUCUAUAAUGCUGAGGGAAAAAGGUUUGCUCUCCAUCUUGUUCCAUCAGGAAUCCUUAAUGAGGAAACUCUCUGUGUUAUUGGUAAUGGACCUGUAGUGCAUCUUCCUGGAUUAUUUGAAGAAAUUGAUGGUUUGGAGUCCAAUGGAGUUUCUUGCAAGGGAAGAUUACUAGUAUCCGAUCGUGCACAUUUGUUGUUUGAUUUCCAUCAAGCUGUAGAUGGACUUAGAGAAGCAGAGCUUGCAAAUUCCCUUAUUGGGACAACUAAGAGAGGAAUUGGACCAUGCUAUUCUAGCAAGGCAAUAAGGAAUGGAUUAAGAGUUGGUGAUUUGAGGCAUAUGGACACUUUUCGUCAGAAACUUGAUAUUUUACUAAGAGAUGCAGCUUCACGGUUUAAGGGAUUUAAUUAUAAUGCUGACAUGCUCAGAGAGGAGGUUGAGAGGUACAAGAGGUUUGCUGAACGAUUGGAACCCUUUAUUGCCGAUACCGUGCACUUCAUCAAUGAAUCCAUCUUGCAGAACAAGAAAAUUUUGGUUGAAGGUGGUCAGGCAACUAUGUUAGACAUUGAUUUUGGAACCUACCCAUUCGUAACUUCCUCAAAUCCUUCAGCCGGUGGGAUUUGCACCGGCCUGGGGAUUGCUCCAAGAUGUGUUGGUGACCUUAUUGGAGUGGUAAAAGCUUACACAACUAGAGUUGGCUCAGGUCCUUUCCCAACUGAAAUCUUAGGUAAAGGUGGUGAUCUCCUUAGGACUGCUGGAAUGGAGUUUGGAACAACUACAGGCCGUCCUCGACGUUGUGGCUGGCUUGAUAUAGUUGCACUUAAAUAUUGCUGCCAGAUUAAUGGGUUUUCGGCUCUCAAUCUGACCAAGCUUGAUGUCCUGUCCGAGCUUCCAGAAAUUAAACUGGGUGUCGCUUACAAACAACUUGGUGGUAAAAGAGUGAAAUCAUUCCCUGCAGAUCUUCAAGUUCUGGAGCAAAUACAGGUUGACUAUGAAGUGCUGCCUGGUUGGCACAGUGACAUCUCUUCUAUCAGAAACUACAAGGACCUCCCCCAAGCUGCUCGUCAGUAUGUGGAGAGGAUAGAAGAGCUUGUUGGUGUACCCAUUCAUUACAUUGGUGUUGGACCAGGUCGCGAUGCCCUCAUAUACAAAUAAUUCAAGCUUCUUCAUAAGAAUGUUUACCAUCUGAAUUCCAAAAGAAUAAUUUUCUGGCUUACAGUUAAUGUUGAACAUCUUGAAACUGUAUUUUUUUAAUCAUUUUAAUAUCCUAAUCUGUAGAAUAAAAUUUUGGUGCUAAAUGCUUCUUUCCUUUGAAUUCUAGUAAUAGAUUGUUUAUUGCUUC